GCUAGAUGACGUCACUUCCGCCCUCUUACCUGCCUGUUCCCCUUCUCUUUUUUCUCUUACUCUUGUCAUUGUGCCGCCCAGUGUGCGCUCGGUACAAUAUCCAUCACUCCUCUGCUCUCACUGUGACGGUCAAGGUUUGCGAUGUCCUCCCAUCGUCAGAUCCGUGUGUUCCCCUCGCCAGCAGAGCUUGCCCUCUCUCUGUCGCAGCUGCUGGUCCAUGAGUCCAGGGGAGUCGAUUGCUUCAGGAUUGGCUUGUCCGGGGGCAGCCUGGUGCAGCUCCUGAGCCGCGAAUUGCCGAAGACCGCGGGUCUCAAUACAGAGGGAUGGAAAGUGGCCAUGUGUGACGAGAGGCUGGUCCCGUUCUCCGAUCCUGAGAGCACGUACGGCGAGUACAAGCGUCAGCUCCUUCCUCUCGGCCUCCUGUCGGAAUCGCAGUUUAUCGUCAUCGAUCCAUCACUGCCCGUGGAAGAUGCCGCCGCUGAUUAUGAGAAGAAGUUGCGAGAGGUCUUCCCUGGGAAUGGCCUUCCGAACUUUGACCUGCUGAUUUUAGGAAUUGGGCCAGAUGGACACACGGCUUCACUCUUUCCAGGACAUCCUCUUCUAGAGGUGACAGAUAAGAUUGUGGCUCCUAUUAGUGACUCCCCCAAACCUCCUCCAGAGAGAGUCACUCUCACACUCCCUGUGAUCAAUGCAGCUAAAACAGUCGUUUUUGUGGCCACUGGAGAAGGCAAAGCCACGGUUCUGAAACGUAUCCUGCAGGAGGAGUCUGAUCCAUUGCCGGCUGCUCGGGUCUUCCCGGUGAACGGUAAACUGCUCUGGUUUCUCGAUGAACCUGCGGCUCGGGAUUUAACUUGUCCUGUGGAGAAACACUCAGUCCUGUAAUGUUACUCUUAAGAAGGCCAGCAUCCGGAGCAGGUUCAGAACCAGAGUCCGGAGCUCCCCAACACUUUAUCCCUGGGUCUACCAGGGCCACGGGCAGAAGCAGAGAGCUGGACAGAGCAGAGCUACAGAUCAUAGUCAAGCCAAGGUUAAGUCAGCCACGGGCUGAUAAGAGUCACACAACCAAAACAGCUUAUACAUAGUGAUGGUUCUGAAGAUUGUGAUGCACAUGGGCGCCAUGACUUCCUGGACCAAAGACAGAACUGGAACAAAAGCCAAGGAUGCUAAUCACUUCAGCCACGGACAGAACUGGAAUCAGGACCAGGAGAGAUGGCCAUGCAAGUAGAGAGGAACCCAUAGAACCAUAGCCAAAACCUCAGACCAAUCCACAGGCAGGAACCAGAACAUGAAGCCUUGCAGAACUGCCUUUCAUAACCGUACCCUCUUUAUUCUUGACUCUGCCCGCUGUACCCUUUGACGAUCUGUCCCCCUCUCACAUCUGCCUCCUGCUAGGAUUUGCUCCUCUGUGUCAGACGAGCCACAUCUUCCAAAACGUUUGCACAUUCCGAGCGCGCCACGCGAGUGCACAGUAAUAAAAUGCUAAGCUGUA